GGCGGCGGCGGCAGGUGCGGCGCGACUCCUGGGCAGCGCUAUGGAGCGGGGAGGGGCGCGCCUGGCGCUGCCCUUCUGGCUCCUCCUCCACCCUCUGCUGGGGUUGGUGGGCUCGAGCGCCCCCUGGGACCUGAGCUCCUGGCACUGCAGCUUCUCGGGCUCUUGCGAGUGCGACUUCCGGCCCGACCUGGCAGGUCUAGAAUGCGACUUGGCCCUGAACCUGGUCGGGCAGCCCUUGGUAAGGCAGCUUCUCAUGAAAGGCCUGAGGGGGUUUGUGCACAACCACAGCCCUGAGAAGCCCCUGGUGAUGUCCUUCCACGGCUCGACCGGCACGGGGAAAACCUUCGUUGGAUCUCUGCUGGUCCACUACCUCUUUCGCACUGGGCUUCACAGCCCAUAUGUCCACCACUUCUCCCCAGCAGUUCACUUCCCCCAUGCAGAACACAUCGAGCAGUACAAGAACGAUCUGAAGAACUGGAUCCAGGGGAAUCUGACACGCUGUGGCCGAUCACUGUUUCUCUUCGACGAUAUGGAUACAAUGCACCCAGGCUUGAUCGAUGUGAUUAUCCCAUUCUUGGGACCUUCCUGGGUUGUGUUUGGAACAAACUACAGGAAAGCCAUCUUCGUUUUUAUUAGCAAUGCUGGUGGGGAGCAGAUAAAUCAAAUGACCUUGGACCUCUGGAGGGCCCAUAAAGACCGUGAGGAGAUCAGCCACAAAGAUCUGGAAGCAUCAGUUUUCAAAGCUGCUUUUGAAAAACCCCAAAAUGGAUUUUGGAAGUCUGGGAUAAUCGACCAGCACCUUAUUGAUUUCCUCGUGCCUUUCCUGCCUUUGAAGCAGCACCAUGUGAAACUGUGUGUGGCCAAUGAGCUUGCCAGCCUAGACCUAGAGCCACAGCCAGAUGUCAUCCAGGCAACUGCUGACAGCAUCCCUUACUUUCCAGCAGAGGAGAAAGUGUUCUCAACCACAGGCUGCAAAACGGUGGCUUCACGUGUCCCUUUCUUCCUUUGAAGACUUUGCUGGAGACAAUUUUGGGGUUUUAAAGGCUCAGCACAAAGACUACCUCACCAAUUAUUAUCCUGAAUGGCUUUAGGAUCAAGGAAGAGACUUUCCAGAGCAUAGACACAAACAGCAAUGCUGACUUGACCAGGAAACCCAAAAGCACUUUAUACUUUGCCUCGAGCUUUGUGCUGUGGACUCCUGAGAACAAAGGAAUAGAGUGUGGUGUACUGGAAGGGAAUCCUGGUAUUGGAAAAUUAAUAAAAAUAGAUUGUAAAAAAAAAAAGGAAGGGAAUCCUGGCUGCUCUCAUAUCACUUGUCUUAUAUAGACUUUUUCUUAAAAGAAAAAGGGGCAAUGAUCAUAUUUUUAGAUUCCCUAAUACAGCACAAUUUGAUCAGUUUUCUUUGGCAUCUAAAAAUCUUACCUCUCAUACCAUUUUAAGACACACUGUGAUUGUACCAAUGCGCCAGAAGCCACAGUCCUACUGGAAGCAUCUUGAUUUGCUUUAUUGUGAUUACGUGCUGACAGUGGCAAUAUAAGUGACACCAGGCACUGUUGACAGUGGGGCUGUGGGGAGAGAUGUUCUUCCAGUGCCUCCUUUUGUACACAAGAACAAACUGGAUUUUCCUUCAAAAGUGCCUGAGAAGCCCACAGAGCCUAGGGCUUGCUGAUCAGAAGGUUGGCGGUUCGAAUCCCCACGACGGAGUGAGCUCCCGUUGCUCGGUCCCAGCUCCUGCCAACCUAGCAGUUCAAAAGCACAUCAAAGUGCAAGUGGAUAAAUAGAUGCCACUACAGCGGGAAGGUAAACGGCGUUUCCAUGUGCUGCUCUGGUUUGCCAGAAGCGGCUUUGUCAUGCUGGCCACACGACCCGGAAGCUGUACACCGUCUCC